UUCGGGCCGCGGACAACCGUAGCUGCAAGGACAUCCUCUUGAUAAUCAUAAUCGGCGUUUGCAACUUUUCGCGCGUAUUGUGGUCCACCCUGAAGUUCAUUAUUCUCUAGAUUGCGCCGGUUUUACGCUUGUAACCUUUCUUUUCGGUUCAUGUUAUUGCAGUUAUAGAUUACUGCUAUCGUUCUGUUGGAAAUGGAUCCUAGAACUAAGGAAGUAUGUGCCGCACUGAAAGCGUACCCUGACUUUCCCAAGAAAGGUAUCUUAUUUUGUGACAUAAUGCCAGUAUUUCAAAAGCCAGAUCUCUUUCGCAAGAUGGUGGACCUGCUUGUCGAGCAUGUUCGCAAGUCUGUGCCCAAUGUUCAAGUCAUUGCCGGCAUUGAGUCACGAGGUUUUCUUGUGGGGCCUGCUUUGGCAUUGGCUCUAAAUGUACCAUUUGUGCCUAUUCGAAAACCAGGAAAGCUACCUGGAAAUGUGAAGUCUCAGGCAUAUACUCUGGAGUAUGGAGAGGACAAGUUGGAAGUGCAACUUGAAAGUAUAACCCCUGGGGAGAACGUUGUCAUUGUGGAUGACCUCUUAGCCACAGGUGGGAGCAUGCAAGCUGCUGUCAAUUUAAUCCAGGCUGCUGGAGCCAAUGUAUCCCACUGCAUUGUCAUUGUGGAAAUUGAAGAACUCCAUGGUCGGCAAAAGUUGAAUGUUCCCAUCUUUUCUCUUGUUCCUUUCUCCGCAGCAGUGAAGAAGUAGUAGGUUGCUUCAUCAGAGAAGUGAAGAGAAGGCAAAGUGCAAUGACUGAAUUCUUAGGAUGCUAUGAGUUGUUAGGCUGUCAAUUUCGUGAAAUCAAAUAAUUAGAGCAUCUUAAUCAAAAUAAUAAUAUAGGAUUGUUUCAAGAUUGCAUCACUGCACUUCCAUAUGUAAACUCAGACAUGCAAAUAUACAAAAAGUAAGCAUUCCAGAAAUUUAGAAUGCUUUUUUGAGUUGGUAUAAGAAAAAGUGGACGAUUCCAUGACCGUGAAUGCCUUUCAUCAAGGCCUAGAUGUUUAGUUCGCUUUCUGUCAUUUUUCAGAUUGCCAUUGCACAAGAGUGUUUCUAAUUUUAAUGAUAAAGGCAACGAAAAUUAUAGCAUUUUUAAUUUUUUCCAGCUCAUAGGUCUUAAAUUUACAACUACUGUCAAUGCAGCCCAUUCUGUGUAGUUUCCUUUCGAAUCAACUCUUAGAGUUAAAACCGUGGUGCGUGUUUGCAGCUACACUAUUUGAUAAUGUCCAUUUUUAAAAUAAAAGUUUUAUUCUUGCAUAAUGUAUGUUUACACUCUGAGGAACAUAAAUAGUAGCAUUCUUGCAGUAAUUGAAAUGCAUUGAAAACCUUACAGCCCAUAAAAAUU